AUGAGACCAUCGGAGACCCAAAACUCCAUCAACCUUAAGCUCAUCCUCAUCUGUUUUCUGUGUCUUCUCUUCUUCCUCUUGGUAUUCAAAUCAAACUUCACACCUUUCCGAGAAAAUCAUCCAUCACCCAUCUUAGAAACUCAUGUAUCAAGCUCAACAUGUCCAGCUACAGAAGAGCAACUACUAUCCCCAGCUUGUCCAUCUCUACUUUUCACACCAACUUGCACCAAAACCCCACCCUCCCUAGCCCAAGCUCUUGUCCACUAUGCAACCCUCAAUGUCACCCCACAACAAACCUUCAACGAAAUCUCAGUGACUUCAAGAGUUCUUCAAAAGAAGGCACCCUGCAACUUCCUGGUCUUUGGCUUAGGCCAUGACAGCCUCAUGUGGACUGCACUCAACCAUGGUGGCCGCACCGUCUUCCUCGAAGAAGACAAGUCCUGGAUGGAGCGAAUCAAGCAGAAGUUCCCCAGCGUGGAAUCCUAUUAUGUAGUCUACGACACCAAGGUUCACGAAGCUGAUGAGCUGUUGGAGGUUGGCAUGGGAGAGGACUGCAAGGUUGUGGCUGACCCAAGAUUUUCCAAGUAUAAACUUUCAUUGAAGGGGUUUCCAAAUGAGGUGUAUGAUGUGGAGUGGGAUUUGAUAAUGGUGGAUGCACCAACUGGGUAUCAUGAUGAGGCACCAGGGAGGAUUGGAGGGGUCCCUACAAGGAUGGGUGCCAUCUACACUGCAGGGUUGAUGGGUAGGAAUAGGGAAGAUGGUGAGACUGAUGUGUUUGUGCAUAAUGUGAAUAGGGUGGUGGAGGACAAGUUUUCCAAGGCAUUUUUGUGUGAGGGCUACUUUAGGGAACAAGAAGGCAGGAUUGGGCGUUUUACCAUUCCAAGCCAUAGGACUCGAUCCAGAAGAUCCUUUUGCCCCUGAA